AUGCCGCCUCCCAAGCGUCAACGAGUCAAGGAGGAGUCUGACUCUUCAGACUACGAAGAAUCGGAAUACGGCGUUGAGAGCGACGAAGAAGAUCAUCACGACAGUGUUGCGGCGGGUACUCACACGCUCGGCUUGAGCCAGGAUUACGUCCCGUCCUGGACUGAAGCUGAUGCAUUUCGGGAAUGGUACCAGAAUUGGGAGCUUCUUGGCUACAUCAGGUUCAUCAAACAAACCGGCACUUUGGAGCUCGCCAACUUCAGCGCUGCGCUGGACCCGCGCCACCUCAGCCUCGGAGGGACCACCAAGCGAGAUGAUUCCAAGUCUGCCGGCACCCAUGGGGAGGGUUUCGAAGUUGCCGCUCUAGUGAUGACACGAAACAACCGCAUGGUUCAUAUCGAAUCGUCCUCUGCCUAUUGGAAAUUUGGGUUUCUAGGCACCAGCAAAGACAAGUUCUCCUGCCAGAUUACCAAGCCGGCGACGUCAACAAUCAAGGAGCGCCGCGAUGCUCUCUUGUCCGAAACUCGCAACGGGCGAGCUAGAACAACCCUUACCUCCUAUAUUCACCGGGACGUCAUCGUCAGAAUUUCCACGCCAAACUGUCACAAAGCCAUCACAGCAAAGGACUUCUGGGAUUGGAGUCGCAUCUACCUCAAAGGCCUUCGAGUAUCCUCCCAUGAAUCGGAUUUCGCCACUUAUUCUUAUGGUUACGACUUUGCCAGUGGACGCAUCAAUCGUGAUCGAAAGCGUAAGAUGAAUCAAAAAGAGGAAGCGAGAAUUGUCGCCAGCAUCUGGGAAUUGGCUGUGGCCGAGCGACCGGACUUGACCAAAGAGUACAUCAGGUUGUUCAGCGUCAUUUUCAGCCUAGAUGUUGCGUUUGCGGAUACGGUGAUGUCGAAGAAGAUGGCUGAGCAUGUGUGGCAAUAUCUUCUCAAGGACGCACCGGACUGCUUCUUUUACGCCAAUGACCCAGAUUCGCAGUCGAAUGUUUAUCUAAUCAACGAAGACCUGAAUAAACAGGCAAGAAUUCUCCCGAGAGAGCUUUGGAAAACUUUGAGAAAAUUCAAACUUCCACGCACCCCGAAGGAGCACAUCGAUCACAAGUUCCUGUCAUCUGAGGCGAUCACCCUACCGGCAGACCUAUUUGCCAUCUCCAUCGAUCGAAUGCUCCAGGCAGCCAUGCAGCUGGAUUAUCGACUCAAAAAGUAUCUUGUCACGUACGUCAAAAGCGAUCACAGUAGCAUUGACGUCCGACAAAAUUUGUCCGACUCGCGCCUCUUCAUUCACGAAAAGUGGCUGCGCUUCGAUGCAGCACACCAGGACAUUUCUUGUGACAUUUCCGAUAUGAGCAAAGCCAAACGCAAGCAGGCAGACGUGUUCGCUUGUGACCACGUUGUGGAGGACCUUUUUGAUAUUGUUCUCAGGACGGUCAUGGGCGCAACGGAUUCUGAUGCACUGAGAAUCGCCAAUAUUCGAUCAAAGGCCAGGCGCCUGUUCCGCCAGACACCAAGAGACAUACAGAUUCACGUUGGCUCGUUGCCUGGUCAGCUAAGGGUUUCCUGGGCAUGCAACGAUCCGGGUAUCAUUUCGAAGCAUCAUGGAGACGACAUUGACUUCCAAGUUCGCCUCCAUCGAGAUGAUUCAUGCCGAACUAAGGAGCAUACUCUCGUGCUCACCUGGAAUACUCGAAAAGCAUUCCGAAAUCGAAAAGCACCCCGAGAUUCAUGCUCUUGUCCUAUGCUAAAGGCUCCACUGUCUGCAUGCUCCGCUACCUUCGACGGCCUCGAUCCCCAGCAAAAGUAUUUUCCAAUGGUUGCUCGCGACAAGAGAGGGGCCUUCUUUGGACUUGCGCCGCCUUCUAUAGCUCCUAUGAGGGGGCCGGACCACGAUGGCGGGACCGAAGAAUUGCAGGAGGACGAUGGCGGCGCCAAUCCAAAGCCUGCUGCAUCAACGCCCAGUUCUAAAGAGUGGAUCAAAGAUCAAGAGACGUGGCGCGAGUGGCAUGCAGAAGAUCUUCCGACUAAGAUAUCUGGCAUGUUUUCAACGCGCAAUGCAUGUAAAUGCGAUGUCGCGGACACCCCUGGCGAAACCAGUUUCGAGAGUCGACGACUCAAUUUCACCUUUGAAAAAGACCAAUACGUCAAGAUAAAAGACAUCUCAAGGAGCUUUGGGACAUACAUUGCUCUGGUACAUGAUGUUUCGCCUGGUAAAGCCAACUGCUUAAACACGCCGCACCUGCUCAUCACGAAGUACUCCUCUUUCGAUCACACGAAGUUAUUGUGGGACUCGAAAACCUCACUGAAUGAUUGCGAGAAGAACGGGCACAAAGAACUGCUUCUUCACUGCACUGAUACCAAGAACAUGGGUACUUUGCCUGACAGUGAGGUUGUUCAGAUUGACGAUAUUGAAUGGUUGGAACCAACGGGACCCAAUUUCUAUAUCACACACUGUGUUCAACGUCCCGAUGAUCUUGAUGCUGACGAGUUCUUCUGCCGAUUCGCUCGAUCUGUGUAUGAUGACUUUCUCACCAUGCUCCCAAUCUCACCACAUCUCUUAGCACCACGUCAUCGACGCAAGAUGCGCGGAUUUCCAGAUGCCUCCCCUGGUUGGGUCACGGACCUUACUCCUGAUGUUCUUGGUCCGAUGGAAGGAUUCUCAUCCGCCGGGUUCCUUCCUUUUGCCGCUUUUGGGUUCGACGAAAAGCGACAUGCAACAUGGAAGGUUCGCCAUCCAACAUGCCCUGUAUUUGACGGAUGCUUCCCACACAUUGUCGAAGACAUCGACAAAGGCAGGGUGCCUGGCCUUUUGUGGCCGUCGAGUAACGCGCCCAUGACAUUGCUAGCAUCCGUCAAGAACGUCAACUUUGCAUUGAGCGAGGAAAACAAGGUGAUGCCCUCGGUGGAAAGCUUUCUUGGCCAGUUGUCUAUGGCGGAGCAUGCCUUCGAGUCCGGGCAUCCUGACUUCACCGUCAUACAAUUGCCCCCUGCAACACUCCAUCCGCUGACUGUCGAUCGAUUGUGCAAGAGCGUUGUCUAUUUCCUCGAGAAGUACAAUGCAAUCCGAGUCGACGCAUCGUCGGUUCAGAACCAUAACGUUCUCCAAACCCGACGGCUUCUGACGAUGAUUGUGUCUCCACAUCAUGGAAUAGCAGCUGUUCCAAUGACCCAAGCACAUCAGCAAAGCAGCUUCGCUGGACAGGAAGCUCACGCAAUCACGCGAGAUAUCGCCGAGCUAUCCUUUUGCAACUCUCGAGCAACAGGAACUGGAAUUCUAUGCUCGCUCCCUUCCGGUAUUUCUCAAGAUAGAGGCGCUCCGAAGCUCCCAUGUUAUAACCACGCCACCGGUUUCACACUUACUGAAGGAGAGACACAAGUAGUCGAUUUGGGGCUCAAAAAUAUCGACUUCGUCACGUACAGCAACCGCGGCCUUGUUCAUCCAGUUCGUGAGGACUCGCUAACAGUCCGUGAAUUUGCGAGAGUGCAAGGAUUUCCCGACGACUUCGUGUUCUAUGGCUCCGGGGAGGAUCAGUAUGACCAAGUUACGUUGGCACAGCCACCACCAGUGGCCAGAGCGGCUGCAGAGUGCAUCAAAACGGUCAUUCUGCGAUCUAAAGCAGUCAAGCUUGGCGAUGACAACAGGACUGCGCGGCAGAACAAGCGACGUAGACAGGAUGACGAGGAGUAG